UGCUAGUGUUAUAAUGUAUAUAGAAAUAUAUACAAGAAGACCUGUGUAACCAUACUUACGCCACAUUAUUACAAGACCUUCUCUAGCCUACGUGAUGCAAAUACAAUAUGUUGAGACUAUUUGAAAAGAGGUUUCAAUAGUUUUAUGACUGAUACUUUUCAAACAGAUACGUGGAGAUGUUUUCAUGCUAACACACGAAUUAUUUACUUUGAAUUUAAGGAGACUUGAGGUCUAAGGGACGACUGUGAGUGAACAGUUUUGGAAAAAAGUAGUGGAAAAGGGGAAGAAAAAAUAAAAGGACUUCUCAUGGCAUGUUUCAAAGGCAUCGCGAGGUAUAAAAAAUGCGUCCUAAGCAUAGAACACAACGCGAUAACCAAGCGUAGUUGUGUUUUUUGUAAAAUCUGAUAUAGUAAUAAAAGAUGCCUGAUGGUUCAGUUAUGUACUUGCAGUUUUAACUAACUACUUCUAGCGAACUGAUUCUUAUUCAGUUAUGGCUUCCAAAACAGCCUUAUUAGAUCGGCCAGAUGCCUUUAGUGUAGUGGAUCUUCCGAAAAAUGUCCAAAAAGUUAGUUGCGUUACAGAUACGCGUGUACCUAAUUGCUCCUGCUUUACUAUUCAACUUGAAGAUCAUACAUUAGGAUAUUUGUUAUGCAAUCAACUUUUAAAAGAUCCAACAGUCAUGUUCGCUGCAUAUCAUGUACCCCAUCCCUUGGAAAAUAAAGUAGAAAUUCGGAUUCAAUCUACCGAGUCAUCCACACCUUACGCAGCAUUGUAUAAUGCAAUAAAUCAUCGGAAAAAAGAAGCUUGCAGUUUACAAACAAGUUUUUUGAAACAAUUAAAACGUCUGCAAGGAAAUUAACAUGUUCAGUGAAAAAAUCCACUAUUAUUUUAUUAUAUAAUGGUGAAAUUUUUUGGGAUUAAAAUGUUUCCGAAAAAAAAAAAAAUUUGUAAUUAUCAAAAAAGAAAAAAAAAAGUAAACUGUGCACGUGGCGCGUUACAAAACAGAUCUAAAAAUUAUAUUUAAUAUGUUGUGAGUUUUUGUGUUGAGCAUUUUUAAAAAGGUCAAGAAAUAAAAUGGAAAGUUGUUAUGCUAUUUUAAAAUAAAACUAUACUUUGAAUUGUCAUGUGCAUAGUUUUCUAUUAAUGUAUUAGAUUUAAUCGAGGUCAAAUAUGAAAAAAGAGUUGAAGCUUAUUUGAUGACAGCAUUUUACUAAUUUCAACAAGUGCUUAAUUUUUUUCUUAUAGUAAAGCAGACAAGACUCAACUAUAUUUCACAAAAUGUGUGAUCAUUGAGAAACAACGAUUGUUGUGGAAAACAAGUGGUAUUAUGGUUUCCGUUAAAUUUUUUAUUUUUAAGUCUUUUUUUUUCAAAAAAACACAAUUGAUAUAAUUCAAAAUUGUUUUAGGUUUUAAAUUUAUUAAUUUUUUUCCAUGUUUGAAAAUAAAGGUAAACAGCUAUUUCUAUGCGAUAAACUUCAUUCAGAAUCAUCUUUACGGUGGCUUACAACAUUCUCGAGAGAAUUAAAGGAUGGCUGUUCAAAGAAAUAUGCGACGAAUUUCAAUGAAGAAAAAACUUCAUUGGAUUCAGUUUUUUCCACUGACACACCGUCGUAUUCUGCCAAAUUGUUUAAAUCUUCAAAAGAAAGCUCUACUUUUCCACCGCUACAUCGUCCUUUAAUCAUGUAUCAAGACCAAAAUAAUUUACCAUUGUUUUUUCAAGACCCACAGAGAAAGCGUUAUUUUCAAUCAUGUUUAGAACAGAAGAAUCCAAACACUGAUUUCUCGAAAAACUUUAAUAACGACGAUAAGUGUAAAAGAGCAUCAGAGUGUAUGACUUUUGAAUCUCACCCGAUGACAUUGUAUGAAAGCCCAAUGAAUAGAAAUUCAGACUCUCAGUUUUGCGGAAAAAUAAAAGCAGAGAGUUCUGACAAAAACAAUUUUUUAAUGCAUUUUUCAUCCGUUCAAACGACUAACAAGCAGAUCAAUAUUUCAAAUGGUGGUGAAGCUCGUUGUAAAUCUCAAUUACAACAUGCGUUGUUUCCUAUAAAUCGAUUUCAAAGUGUUCCAUGUUCAACUGUAGCAUCCACAGCAUCGUGUAUUUCCACUCCUAAUACAUAUCGUCAGUUUCAGCAUCGUUUUAGCGACGAUACGUCUAGACCGAGAAGUGGUAGUUUUGCAUCAGAUUACACAUCGUUGCACACAUCUCCUUUUACAUCUCGUUUAGACUCACACUUGCUUCAUAGCACCUUUUCUAAUCCAUCUUUAACAGUCGAUAAAAAUACAAACAGCGCGAAACCUCGUCUUCCAGUUUCUCCUGAAACACCUUUGUUUUGUAAGAAAUUCGAAAAAAAACAAGAAGAAGAAGUCAAGCAGUGCAAAAGCGUACCAAAAACAAAAACAGAUCCCAUUCUCUAUGCUGUGAUUGAUAGUCAAUUUGAAAAAUUAUGUCGAGAUAUUUUGCCUUCUUCGCAUAACUUUAGAUCUCAGUUUUCCUAUAAAAAAAAUGCACCCGAAAAUCCCAAAAUCAAACCUGGUGAAACCGCUUUAACACCCAAAAAAAGGAACCGAGUGAUUUUUUGUCGUAUUUGUAAUGAAGUGAAGCCUAGAUCUACACGCGCUCGUUUCCAGUCCUGCAAUCAUAUUGCGUGUUAUGAUUGUGUAAGAAUUGCACUUCAUGUCGAAUUUUGGGCAGUGAAAAUCAAUUUAAGUAAACGACCUCCUCGAGCAGUGUGUCCAGUGUGUUUGACGCCAUUAGACUGGUCAUCCAUUAAGCCUUAUAUUGUAUUAGCGGAAGAAUCCAAGUAUUCACCAGUGUUAUGUUUAGCGUUUACUGGGAACGGUUUGCCGGUAAAUGCUUCAUGCCAGUAUAAAAUGUCCCCCCUCAAUACAUCUGAUACAUCCAACCCAAGUAGUAUUUCAUGUUCGGAUGAACCGCAAUACGAACAGGUUGAAAAACGUUUAAAAAAAACAUACAACAUUUUAAAAUCGUUUUUUCCGGUUGGCAUUGACAUAGAUUUAAUUUUAUCAGAUCAUUGUAACAUAUUUCAAACAUGUUCUGGACAAUGUGUUAAUAGAUUACUAGGAUUAUCAAAUCAAACACAGAAUGAUUCUGCCCAUGCCGUUUAUGUAGAUUUACUUGAAACAUGGCGAAACGAAGUGUUAUUAAAAACCUGUUAACAAAACAAAAUUUUAUUCUACUAAAAUUUUUUUUUUCUUUUAAAUUCUUUACUUUUUUUUUUAAUUAUAUAUUCAAAAUUUUCUUAUAAGUGUACCUUUUGAU